UUUGGAACUACCUCCAAGGUUUGCACGGUUACCGCUGUGAGCUGGUCAGCGCUCCUCCCAGGCCCUGGGGACGGACUGGCAGAAGCUCAGCCCCUGGGGUCUGGCUCCAGUCCUAUCCCCGAUCGACUGGGGAAAGGACCAGAUGGUAAAGGAGCUCGGCUUCCUCCCCGCUUCUGCUCUCAGACUCUCAUUUAAAACCAGCGACAUAAGAAUAGUGAAAUUGGAACCAGGAAUGUGAAGGAAGUAUAAGUAAGCGUGAUUGAAGUCAUACCAAUUCAGGUACACGAUGGAAAAUACAAAGCAAAAGAAAAAUUGAAUACGAACAUGACAAGAAAAGGACAGAAUGAAAAGUCUAUUUCAGUUGCUUGAAGUAACUUGAAGGGUCAUCUAUUUUGAUAGAGGAAAUAAUGUCGACAAGCUUCAAAGGACCAUAAAAAUAACCUUUAACAAAGGACAGUUUUUAAAGAAUUCUUUUUAAAUUUUCAGAGCUCAAUUUAAAAACAGCAUUAUUUUUCAUGGUUUACAUUUCCUCCCACCAUGUUUGUCACUAGCCUGCAGUUCCCCAGCGCAGUUUGCCCAGGCAACAGUAAUGGAGAGGAGGCAAAUACAGUACACCAGCCAUCAACCAUUUUUGGGCGAUCUAGAACUGAGAAAGCAGUGAGGAGGGCACAGAGGAGAAGCAACAUGUCAGCUGUAGAUCUCAGACGAGAAGAGAUGGCUGAUAAGCUCAAGUACCCACUCGUCCUUCUGGCUCCUGUUAUCUUGAUUCUUAUGUUACUUCUUAUUCUAUUUGGUAUUUACAUCCUGAAACCGUUUCACAAGGCGUUAAAUUUCACUGGCAGCACCUGCACUGUGCUUGGGAUCCAACAGGAACCUCAGGGCAGUUGUGGCUCUGGGAGAGACACAUUUUCUCCUUGUGUUCAGAUCAAGGUUAUUUUUCAUCUACCUAAUGGUUCCAAGAGGAGUGCCAUUAUAAUGGAGAAUGAACAAGCUUUGGUAAACUGUCAGCAGUGCUCUUUUACUUUUGGUCGUCAUGGGGUUUUUGCUGAUCGUUUGGUGAACUGUCAAGGCUGGCGAGAAGACUACAGUAGACCUGCUUGUGUAAUGAAUUAUCUUCAAGAUUUUGGGCAGAUUAAUACCACCUUCCCAUGUUUCUACAAUCCAUUCAAAUCUCAUGAAGUGAUCAGGGAAAAACAGCUGACAUGGGGAAUGGCAGUGAAUUCCCUUCUGUGGCCAUUGCUGGGCUUUUUUGGGUAUGGAGCUGCAGGUGCCUUUGUACUAGUUGACUGCAGAAAGCGAAGAAAAUUGAACACGCUGUUGGAGAAUCAGGAUGCUAAAACUGAAAAAGAAAAGGAGCCAAUGAAGAGGCGUAGGAGAGGGAGCAAAAUAGCCUGUCGUCAUGGCAAUAAUUUUUCCAGCUACCCAACUGUGAUCAGUGGUUCCCUCAGUUGUACUUGUUUGGAUCAUGCUAUGGAGGACCGUCAAACUACCUCAACACCCAGAGUUGAAGCAUCUUGGACCCGCCCAUCAGCUGUUCUCUGGACAGAACAAGACCUUUUGGAUCUUGAGCACUUGGAUUUAGCUGUAGCAGAAUAUACCCAGAGCAGGCCACCAUCUAUCUAUUCCAAUGUUUAUGUAUCACAGGACGGUGAGGCACUUGCAGAUAGUGAAAUAGAAUGGAGCACACUUCGUGGGAAUAUGGAUUUUGGAAUCUCAGAACAAGAUGUUGAUUAUUAUUUUGCUAGCAUUUCCAGAAGGCAUAGCUUUCGCCAAAAUAUUCUCCCAUUUCAUCCAUUUAUGGUCAUGGGUGAAACCAGAGUGUGAAUUGGGAUGAAAGUGUGAAAAUGGUGAGCCAAGGAUUUUUAAUUAUGCUUUUACAAUUGUGGAUACUGUAUGUAAUUAUUGAAUAAAUGUGUAUGAUGUGCAGCUAGUCAUUAGGAGAUGAUCACUGUUAAAAGUUCUGUGCUCAGAGUACACAUCUAUCUUUGUUUUUAUGCAAAUUAAUUUUGAAGACUUAAAAGCCAGGAAUUCAGUUCUGAGCUUAUGUAAGGAGUGGUAGCCUUAACUAUCCUAGAAUCAGAAUAUAGAAGGAAAUGUGAUUCCUUUUUGUUCUUCCAAAAAUAUGAACAGUUCUUAGCAGCCAGAGACAAAAAACAGAAUAAGUAAGGAGAAUAGAGCUUUCAGGGUCUCAUGUCCAGAUCUCCUGAAACAAGCCUCCAUUUUACCAUUCCUGAGCAAACAAGCUAGAAUCUUGUACCCAAUUAUCAAGAUAGCUGGUUAGCUGGAGUUAACAAAUGGCACCCAGCGUUAAAUAAUAAAGGAUGGGGUGGAGGGAGAGCUUUCUGAAGCUUUAGCAGGAGAGCCUGAAGGCUGCUAUCACCAGCCCGAGGUUUCUGUUCUGUACUAACUGUCUGUUCAUCAGUCCUCCAGAACUAAUAAACUGCUCUCACCAGUUAUAUGCCAUGUGCUUUUCCUAUCUAAUUAGCUUCUGCAUAAUUUUAACUUAUAGAUAAUUAAAUUAAUUUUAAUCUAAAUUGUGUAGGGCACUGCCUACCAUUGAAAUUGAUAAGGGAUUAUAAUUAGUAGGAUUCCAUUGAAGAACACUUGAUUAAUAGCCUGGGAGGCCUAUUUAACAGCUAAGCAGUAUAACUUCAUUUCACCACUGAGAUUAUUCAUAAACAAAUUAUAUAAAGAGUUCUAAACCGUGACCUCCACCAAUGAGAAGGAGCACCGUCUUCAGUUUCCCAUCCACUCUAAACCCGAGCCUGAUUUGGAACAAUAAUGCCACUCCUUCACUGUUGCUAGGUCAAAAUCCUGGGACUCUGUUCUCAUCAAUAUUUUGCAUGUAUCUAUACACCAAAGACUGUGGUGAUUCAAGAAAGCAGAUCACCACCAGCUUCUCGGGGGUAACUGGGAUGGGACAAUAAAUGCUGGUCUAGCCAACUAUGUCCAAAUCCCAUACACACAUUAAAAGAAAACUUGUACUAAUCAAGAUUCUGUUAAUACCUAUUCUUCCUCUGCUUGCAAACUCAAAAAGGGUUUAUUUCAAGUUUCCAUCCAGCAUUUAUAUGCUGUGAUGAAAGGUGUGUGAUUUACACAUACUUUUCCAUUAUUUUUUAGGAGUUUGAAUUUUAAGGUACUGGCAUCUGCGUGGUAUUCUGUUUGUGUGAAGGAGUUUCAUACAUAGCUAGGUCAGUCUUUUUUGAACCAUGGUUUUAAACCAUAAUGUAUCAGAGGGAGAUGACUAUCAGCAUCUUGGCAAGUUAGUGGAAGUUUGUUUAUAUUGUGAAGUUUUACAACAGGAGAGAGAAGGCAUUGAAAUACAUAAGAUCAUUUUUGGGUUUAGAUUAAUCAAGGAUUAAUUUUAACUGAAAAUAUUUUAUUUGGUUUGAGCAAAACCUCUCUAGUCAGAUACAAGCAUAGUUUCUCCCAGCAAAUCAGAUCAUUCAGAGCAGUUAAGGUGAUAGGUUGACUCAGUGUAAGGGUUGUAGUUUGCAAAAAAACAUCCAGACCAGGUGUGUUUGGCUAGAAGUCUGCAUUGCUUAUUCAAAGCUGCGCAAUUCUAAGAUUUCACAUGUGUGAAUCAAAGAAAAGGACUCCACUGUCUAUGAGACCAGAAUUGAAAAGAAAUACUUUAGUCAAGCUACAAAUUUGAUAGAAAUGUUUCUGUGUAUUUUGGUUAAAUGUAAAGUGAAGGUGUUGCGGGUAGUUGGAAUUUUGUUUUUCCAGAUGUUUGAAAUCUUUUAAACUGCAUAAUACGU